GGUUGUCCUGUGUAGGAAGUGGAUUAGGGGCCCGUUCAGCGCGUGUGUGGACUGUGUGCAUCAGAGCUGUGUUAUUCUUUGAUAUUCUGACUGAUAACAGGGGAACUAUCCCUUGUUUUAGGUGUACGGGGGUUGGUGUGAUGUCUGGACCUGUUGUACACUUGUUUUAAACGUUUUUCCUGCUGAAUUACUGAACACAGAAGAGGAUUUAGUUUAGUUUUGGGGGUUUGUUUUGGUGGUAGCGUUAGCAUUUAGCGCUGUUCACUGUAGUAACUCCUGAAUGAACGACUGACUGGCCAGUCCAUUCACUCGAUAGGGUAAAAAGCGGAAUCCGGUUAAAGUAAAGGCUAAAUUUAACAGUGGGUACAUUACCUAAAAAAGAUAUUUAUUAUACUAGCUAGGUAAUAUAUUUAUAUUUUGUAAGUAACUAUUAAAUUGGUACACUAUGCUAUAGCUGGUGCUCUGUCGAGUUGUGCUUUAUUUGUGCUUCUUACCUUCACUGGGCAUGCGCUGCCCUGCAAUUCUUUUAUGAUUUCAUGGUUUUUGUUAAUUAUAAAAAAAACUGAGAUACAAAAAGCAUAAAUGGCAAAAAAUAAUAAAAAGAAGCAAUAAUAAUUAUAAGCUAUUAAAAUACAAAACAUAUUUGAUUCACGUCUCAUUAUCUUCCUUUACCCUGAUACAGUAAGAUAUCCUAAUAUCCUGCUGGAAUCAUGCUCUAACGUGGAGUUUUAUUUUUUGUAUUUUUACUUUUAAACAUAAUAAAGUAGGGUAGCACGUUUUGUCAAGGGAGCACAACCUGUCAGAACACCAGAUUCUACAUUUUAACUUCCCAUACUAAAAAGCUUAGAAUAGUGUGCUUUAUAUUGAAACCCUUAUCUCCCUUCUAGCUAGGUUGACUACAUCUGUAAACAUGGGUGUGAAAGGCUUGCAAUACUUCAUGGAGUCCUGUUGUCCAGAGGCUUGCUUGCCAGUGGAUCUGCUGCAAAUGGCAGCAACUCAUGCCAAAGCUCAUCAUCAGACCACUGCUACAGUGGUAGUUGAUGGCAUGGCAUGUCUGAGGUACUGGUAUCGAUGCCAAGCUUGGGUCCAUGGUGGUCAGUGGCAAGAAUACAUGCAUUUCCUGGAGGAAUUUGUGGGUGCGUUCACACGAGCAGGUUUAAGAUUAGUCUUUUUCUUUGACGGGACAGUGGAGGAACAGAAGCGUGCCGAAUGGGUGAAGAGACGCCUGAGAGUUAACAAGGACAUAGCAAGAAUGUUUCAGUACAUUAAAAAUCACUGCCAGCAACCAGACAGGGACAUGUUUUGCCUCCCCUCAGGACUCGCCACCUUCUCCAGAUUUGCCCUCAAGUCUCUUGGCCAAGAAGUGUGGUGCUCUGUUCGCGAAGGAGACUAUGAGAUUGCCCAAUUUGCCCUUUCCAACAACUGUAUGGCUAUUCUUGGAAACGAUACUGACUUUGUCAUCUAUGACACUGUUCCGUACCUGUCCAUUGCAAAACUAAAAUUAGAAAGCAUGACUACUGUACAGUUCUCCAGAGAAAAGCUCUGCAACAUCCUGAAGCUCCAAAAGUCUGAUCUUCCUCUCUUUGCAUGCAUUCUGGGCAAUGAUAUUGUGCCAGAGCACCAUCUGCAGCAUGUCCGUAAAAAUGCUUUGUCCUCUUACGGGAAGAAGCAUCAGGGUGAUAAGGUCCAUGCUGUGGCCAAGUUGAUUAAUAGUCUUCAUCCUAAUGGUGAUGGAAUACAUGGAAUUUCAGCACUGCCAUUGUCGAAAGCAGACAAGGAGGCUGUAGAAAAAGGAAUCCAGUCAUAUCUGCUCCCAGGUCAAAUGUCUCCAUGGUUAGAUUCCAAUCUACAACCCCCUGAGCCAGUGUGUGUGAUGAAGAAAUACAUAAACGCAGACAUACUGCAGGCAGCAAAGGAAAAACACAUGCGAGCUGAAUGCUUUAUAAGCUAUAAUGUGCUGUAUGAUGGGGUGGUGGAAUGCAGCAAUACACUAGAAGAUGAGGAAGAUGUUGAGCUAUCACCACAGGCCAUUUUAUACCAGCCUAUUAGAGAGCACAUCUAUGGUGUUCUUCUGUCAGCACUGCCAGAUUCCCAUGAUCAUGAUCAUGAUCUGUCUGUCAAGGAGUGGUUUGUUUUUUCAGGAAAUCCACUUAAGGAACCAAAUAAAGUGGCACCAAAGGCUUUAAAUAUUCCAGAGCGAACUCCUGACCUGAUGACACUGUGGUUUGGAAAGAACUCUGAGCUAAAAAGUGUCCGUGUGUUCACUUUCUUGGCUGUCUUUGACCUUCAGGACUUUUCUCAGGACAUUAUUCAUUUCGAGACUCCUCUGGUAACUGUGAUUUGUCUUGUAGCCUACAUUGCCGUUCAGGCUAAACACAUUUCACUAGAAGACAUAGAUGCUUAUCUAAGUCAAGCAGUCUGCAUCAGAUACAAGUCCUACACAGAGUUGCAACAAACCAAGGUUCCUGAGGUGGACCCAAGGGCUGUCCAACUUGGCUCACUCUUUGUUCGAGGCCUGACUUAUCUCGUUGCUGCCAACAGUGCCUGUGGUUUUCCUUUUCCAAUGAAUGAGCUCAUGCCUUGGAAAACCUUUGAUGGCUUGCUCUUCCAUUCCAAGUACCUGCAGGCUCACUCUGGGUGCCCUAAAGAGGAGCUUCUAGAGGGCAACCCUUCCUGGACUUCACUCUUCCAAUCACUUCGAGAGCUGGUGCUGGAAGUCUGCAGGAGGCGUGGCUUCAAUAUUGUCAGCCAGCCACGCAGAGUACAACAUGCACACAUGCAUAGACCAAGAUCAAGACAUCCCAACAGAAGACGGUAUCACCUUGCUCCGAGAUGGCCUCAGUAUCAAAACCCAAGAUCUGAUUUCCACUGACACAGUUUUGAAGAAUUUGCCUUGCUCGGGAUUUGAUGCACCAUUAAUGUAUGGUACAUUCACUUUUGGACAUUUGCUUUGUAUUCUGGCGAACAGAAGCUCCACUAAACUUUGAUUUCUUCAUUUGUUUUAAAUCUGUGUGAGGUAAGCGUGCUCAAUUCACUGCAUUAUCUUUUGUAAGGUUAGGAAUUUGACUUUGGUGACUGAGCAGGACCUUUCUGUUGCCAUUGGCAGUUUUGCUGAGACUCUUUUCCAUCCUGUUGUUACGAGUGUGGGAAUGCCUGCACAGUGACCAUCAGCACAGAUUCUCCAAAGGAGAUGUUUGGAAACAUUUUAUUAGGACUGAGUAUAAGUAAUUUUAUAAGGCUUUGCAAAUCAUAAAAAUAAGAACACAAAUGUGUUCUCUAAAAAGUCAGCCAAUAAAGUGGCUUUUCUAAGCACUGAGUGAUUCUCCACCUCCUUCUACUUUCUCCUCUUCUGAGAUAUUGUAAACAGCCCUCAGCAGUGUGUUUAGUUGGGAGGUUAUGAGCUUUUUUUCUCCUAUUGUGUAGAUGAUAUGAAUCAGCGACAGAAAUGGAACCUUCCUGAAGUCUGUGCCAAACCCUCCCUUGAUGAAUAUUCAGCUCCAACUCUAAUUAGUCUCAGAUGAUCUCUUAUCUUUCAACCCUUGUGGUUUGGAGCGAGUCCAGUGACACACAAGUCCUACUAUUACGUGUAGGCCUUCCUACAUGGAGAAGGUACUAGACAGAUGGGAGGGGCUGCUUUCCAAUUAAGCAAACUGUGAUUUAGAAAAACAUGAAUGAAAAUGUGCAGUUUAGUGCAGAUUAUUAGAAUUAACGAAGCUUGGCAAGAUGAUUUGACAGAUGGGAGGGUGCUUUUGCAUCGCUGGAAGAGCCAUGUGAUUUCAAAUGUUGCAACAGCUGUUUUUUUCUUUCUUUGGUCUUAUGUGAAUAUUAUUUUGUGUUUGGUUUGUAUUUUUCUUGUGAUUUUUGCUGUUUUACACAUUUUGGCAUAGUAUAAAACUGGCAGUUUUAUAAUGUGUUGACCAACAAAAAAAUAAAAUCUUUUACACUGACUCCAA